AUGCUUCCCCUAAGUUCAGUUGGAAACAAGGACAAGAAGAACAUUUGUGAGUCUAAGAGUCUCUGGAACUAUGCACUCUCCCCAGGCUGGACACAGCAAGAAGUAGAAGUCCUCAAGAUUGGAUUGAUGAAAUUCGGGAUAGGCAAAUGGACAGCAAUGGAAAAAUCUGGCAUCUUGCCAACCAAGUCUAUUCAACAGUGCUAUCUUUAGACUUAAAGAAUAAUAGGCCAACAAUCAUUGGCUGAGUUUAUGAACCUGCAUGUGGAUAUAGACAGAAUAGCUAUUGAUAACAGAAGGAAGUAAGGCAUCAGAAAAAUGGGGUUCCUGGUAAACUAGGGCGGGAAACUGACUCCUGAAGAGAAAGCUUAACUCUAAGCCAUGAACCAUGGAAAGUAUGGACUAACCCCAGAAUAGGUUGAGCAAAUCAAACUCCCGCCUCCAUGUUCAGUUGAGAUUUAUGACAUUGACAAGAUUGUGCACCCUAAGAGUAAACUAUCAACCAUUGAGAAGAUCAACCAUUUCAUGAAGCUAGAAGAUGCAUUGCUUGCUAAACUAGACAUGAUUAAAUCUAAGAGAACCAUGAAGUAGGGUUUAGUAGCAGGAGCUAAUGCUCAGCAGCAGAUGCAGAUUGAUAAUGCCCAUCAUAAUAUGCAGGCUAUGAUCAAGUAGCAACUUGAAUCAACCCUAAUGACCAAGGAAGAAGACCUGAAAGAAGAUACGCUGACUGAAAAUACUCAGAUGGAUGUGAAAUAAGAGAAUAUCAAGGAUAUUAGAAGUAAUGCUGAAUUAAGUGAUAACACUGAGAGUGAGAAGGAGAAGAUGCCUCAGAAACCCAAGAGAAUGGCUAAGACUAAAAGAAUACAAAAGAGCAAGUAAGAUUGA